GCGCUGCGAGACGGCAAGUGGCGGGCCAGGGACAUCGAGGCGAAGGGAGCGAGCAAGCAGCCCGCCCCGGCCCAGGCCCAAGGCCCUGCCCCUGCGCCUUCCGUCGCUGGAGCGACGUCGGCGUCCGUUUCGACCACGAGCAGUCGACCACCGGCGGGCGGCGGCGCUCGUUCGCCGCAGGGCGCCGGCAUUCACAGCAAGCACGAGAUCAG